UUUAGACAAAUUGAUCCCAUACUCAUUUGUCAAUCAAUACGUCGGCGAAUUUAGCUCAGAAGGCCCUGAUGUACAAAGGCAACAGACAUCAGCUUCAGAAGGAUUAGAUGAAGAGUCCUAUCAAAAACUUCAAAGCUGUAUUUCAAAACACUCUGAGGUUUUGAUGAAAAAACACAAGUUCUUGUCAAUUAUAUCUGCAUCCUCAAAUAGGUCAAAAGGAUUUGGUGCUUCUUGGAAAUUGCUUCCGCAAAAAUGUAUUGUCCUUUACGUCCAGACAAAGAAUUUCAUUCCAAUUGAUGAAGAACCAUUUAGAAACAAAUUAUGACGGCAUUCCAGUUGAUGUAAGAGAAGGUGCCUUUAUUCCAUUCGGACGUACUGCCAAAGACCUGCUUGACCCUGUUAAAAUGGGAAGUCAAAUAGGUGGAGACAUUAUUGAAGGAACUCUUGGGUUUUUCAUAGAUCAUCCUCAAUUUGGAAUUUGUGGACUGACAUGUGCACAUGUUCUUUUAACACGAUGGGAGAUGACUCAACUUAAAACAAAUCAUAGCGGUACGUUGAAAUGGCCAUUACAUAGAAUGUGCAAAAAUGUAUAUCAGCCUGCUGACAAACGGUCUGUACUAGGACACACUGUUCAAGUUAUUUACAAAGAAGGUUCAGACGAAAAUUGUGGAAUGGAAUUAGCUUUGUUCAGAAUCACGGACAGACAUCCCAAAUCUCCAAGUUUCCCCGAUGAGACAGGAUCAAAUGUUGCUACAAAUAUUAAAUACGACAGUUGGCGAAUGUGUAGCACAGACAGACUGAAUAAGAAGGAGGAUGCUCAUGUCAUAAAAUUUGGAUCAAAAACCGAAAUAACUCAUGGCAUAAUGAAAUUUGAUACUAUCUCAGUAAAAUUAUUGGAUAAAUACCCAUUUGUUCAUGAAUAUGCCCCGAUAAAACUUUUUAAGCAAAUUGAAGUUGCAGCUCCUUCAAAUGGCAUUCCUUUUGCUGAAAAGGGCGAUUCAGGUGCGCCUGUGUUCGUUGUUGAGAAAAAUUCACAGACUAAAUGUAUAGGGAUUAUAGAGGGAGGUACAUCAUACGGGACAGUAGUCGUCACACCUAUCGUCCCUAUUUUAGCAGAACUAGAUGUACCUUGUUUAAAAAGUUUUGACACAGAAAAAGAAUUGUCAAAUAUUCAAGAUAAAAUAGAUAAUUUAGAAACACAGAUGAAAACAAUUGGUAGUGACAUACAGACGAUAAAACAAAUUUUGUCGAAUGGUCCACACAAUAUUGAUUCAUCAAUGACAAACUCGCCAAAUGCUCAACAUGGUCAUGCUUGA